GUGUGUGUAUAUAAACGAACCAUUUUGCCCUUAGAAUUGAAUUAUAGUUCAACAAAAUCCACAAGACAAGUUGAGAGGUUCUUGGAGGAGCAGAGACUUGAGGUUGAGGAGAGAAUCCCUUGUAUUAUCUCUAUCUACUCCACCAAAACCUCAACUUGCAUUCUAUCGGGUACUUACAUACAUACAUAUAUAUAUACAUAUUUCUGCAAACCCUUUCAGUCCACACGUUUCUUUCUCUCACUUGAUGUGAGGGAGCGCAUAAAAAGCUGAAAUCUUGAUAGAGUUUUUUAGUUGGGCCGACUUUCUCUCAAAAUGGCGAGUUGGGUUUUAUCAGAAUGUGGUCUGAGGCCACUCCCGAGGGUCUAUCCUAAGCCAAGAACUGGCCACCCUUUGUUGAAUUCCAAUCCCACAAAGCUGAGAUUUUCAAGAACAGAUCUUGGAAAUGGUUCUUCAUUCUGUUUGUCGAGUGGGAUUCUUAGGGAGAAAAACUGGGCUCUGAGGGUGAGUGCUCCGCUGAGAGUUCUGCAAGUGGAAGAAGAAGAAGAAAAUAAGGAAGGGGAGAGAGUGAUAAAUGGCGGAGAAGAAUUUGACCCUGGGGCACCGCCUCCAUUUAAGUUAUCUGACAUUAGGGAAGCCAUUCCGAAGCAUUGUUGGGUUAAGGAUCCAUGGAGGUCUAUGGGCUAUGUGGUUAGGGAUGUGGCUGUCGUUUUUGGAUUGGCGGCUGUGGCAGCCUAUUUCAACAAUUGGGUUGUUUGGCCUUUGUAUUGGUUUGCUCAGAGUACUAUGUUCUGGGCUCUCUUUGUUCUUGGACAUGAUUGUGGUCAUGGGAGCUUUUCAAAUGAUCCCAAGUUGAAUAGUGUGGUUGGUCAUAUUCUGCAUUCUUCUAUUCUGGUUCCAUACCAUGGAUGGAGAAUUAGUCACAGGACUCAUCAUCAGAAUCAUGGGCAUGUUGAGAACGAUGAAUCUUGGCACCCGUUGUCUGAGAAGAUUUACAAGAAUUUGGACACUGCUACCAAGAAAUUGAGGUUCACAUUGCCUUUCCCUCUGUUGGCAUAUCCCAUCUAUCUUUGGAGCAGAAGUCCUGGGAAACAAGGAUCUCAUUUCCACCCAGACAGUGAUUUGUUUGUCCCAAACGAAAAGAAAGAUGUGAUAACAUCAACAGUUUGUUGGACGGCAAUGCUUGCGUUACUUGUAGGGUUGUCUUUUGUUAUCGGUCCGGUCCAAUGGAAAUGUAAUGUGGCUUGACUUAGUGACCUACUUACACCACCAUGGCCAUGAGGACAAGCUUCCUUGGUACCGCGGAAAGGAAUGGAGUUAUUUGAGAGGGGGGCUUACGACUCUUGAUCGUGAUUAUGGAUGGAUCAAUAACAUCCACCACGAUAUAGGGACUCAUGUGAUACAUCACCUCUUCCCUCAAAUCCCACAUUAUCAUUUGAUAGAAGCUACUGAAGCUGCUAAGCCAGUACUGGGCAAGUAUUACAGGGAGCCCAAAAAAUCGGCUCCUCUCCCAUUCCACUUACUGGGAGAUCUCACACGAAGCUUGAAGAGGGAUCACUAUGUGAGCGAUGUGGGUGACGUUGUCUAUUAUCAGACAGAUCCUCAGCUGACUGGAGCUGAGAAAUCGUGAUCUUGAUAAUAUCAAUGGCUGAAAAGCCAACUCUAAGAUCUCGAUACUUGGCAAGUCAUGACUAACUCUCUGUUAGCUGUUGCAGACACUGGUAUGAGCUCAUAUAACCAUAAUUAACUGCAGGGCCUUGGAUUCUUUCACCAAGAGAAUUGAAUUUUUUCCUCCCGUGAUGGAGUACAAUAUAGUUGUUAUAGAUCACAAACACUUGACGCCUAUUUGUGCAAGGAUGUAACGAUGUCGCGAUGUACUUCGAUAUUGAAGGAAAAUUUUCUCAAUAACUUGUGUUGGAGACGCUCAUGUCAUUUUACAUUGUCCUUAGCAGAUUCCAGGAAUCCAGACUUAUCAAACAA